GGGGUUCGUUGGGAUUUGACCUACUUUCCACCAUAUGUCUAUGCUUUCUACAGAAACCUAGCUGCGGCGUUAAGACGUGGAAAAGGUACGCUAAUUUUACGCGUAUUGCGUUUUUAGCAGUAGUGAGAUGAAAAAAAUCAUUGUUAUUUGACAUGUUACAAUUUAAAUAUUGAGUGGAGUAGUGCUUUGCGGGUCACGUGACUAUGGGCCAUCAAAACAAACAACGUUACUGCAGAAUACUGUAUUAUUACUUCGCUGCUCUUGUUGUGUUUGCAGCUCAGGGCGUUUCGCUUCUGUUAUUGAUUGGAAAGUGCAUUAGUAACGUUAGUGGAUUUAAUCUCCCUCAUCUAGAGCUCUGCUUUCACUCGAAUGGAACAUGUCCAUGACACCAGUUGCGUGUUAUUUUGGGCUGCUGGAAGGGCAGGAGGAGGACAUUAAACCUCAGGCAGCAGUGGUUCGGCGGAACCUGUUUGGCCCAGUGGACCACCAGCAGUUACAACAGGACUUCCAGAGGCUAUUCUGCAUGAACGUGGAGAUCGCCAAACAGCGCUGGAACUUUGACUUUCAGAUGGACCAACCAGCCCCCGGUUGCAUUGAGUGGGAGGAGCUGCGGUGCCAGGAUGUGCCAGUGUUCUACCAUAGCUGUGUGUUAAGGCCCGGUAUGGCAAAGCAAACGGUGGAAGCUUGUCCAGCUAUGGCCACAGAGAAAUAUCUGGAGCUGCGGACCAGAGGAACUCUGAGGGGAACCAAGCCAGAGAAGAGAAUGGCUGCAUUGCUAGGGGUCAAACGCAGACAAGCAAGCAUCACAGACUUUUUCGGAGUGACAAAAAGAAGAUUUCCUGAUCACAAAGCUUCAUCAGGACAGUAAACAGACAAUGGACCUUUUUUGUAUAAAUGUGCAUACACUAUCUGCACAUGUAGCUAUUCUAACUGAACAGCAAAGGCUUAAUAGGAUGUAUAUACUGUACAUACACACACACAGAUACAUAUUAUAUACACAAAUGUGUAUGUAUAUUUUUUUACUAAACGCAGUACCUAUUAAAGGAACCUAUUUUAUUGUUACAACAUGGAAUCAUGAGAUUUAAGUGCAUGUGAAAAAAAGUCAAAUAUUCCGAUUUCAUAGUGCAUUUGAAUAAUUCAAAGCAGUUAAUUCCAGUAAUUGAAUGAGAAUUCACUCUUGCAAAAUCAACUAAUACAUUUUAAAAU